GAAUAAUUCUCAUCCAAAGCUUCUGUCCAUCCUUGAACUGAAAAAAUGGGAAGAAACAAAAGCAACCCAAAAACAAUACCAACAAAAGAUCACAAAAUCUCUACUCCAACAAGACGAGUUCAUCAACCAUGCAACGUGCCUCACAAACAAGUUUGAUCAGAAGCAACUUGGCUUGGUUCUUCUUGACCAUGGCCUUUCUCUACAUCUUCUACACAAACAUCCUCUUGAGUGAUAAUGGCAAAGAUUGCCCCGUUAAUGCCACCAAUCUCUCUGCACAAGAAAACACCGAACCGAUUGAAUCCACCACCAAUUUAUCUUCUACUUCAAUCACUUCAAAAGUAGAGGAAAAAAAAGAAGAAGAAAUUGUUAAAAUGCUGUCUCAGAGGUCCCAGGGAUAUGAUACGGAAUUGAAACACAUUGUUUUUGGGAUAGCAGCGUCGUCAAAUUUAUGGGAGAGGAGGAAAGAGUACAUUAAGGUGUGGUGGAGGCCUAAAGUUACUAGAGGGGUGGUGUGGCUAGAUAAGCGGGUGAAGGUUAGGAAAGAAGAAGGGCUGCCAAAGAUUCAGAUUUCAGAAAACACCUCCAGUUUUAAGUACACCAACAGGCAAGGGCAGAGGUCGGCUCUGAGGAUUUCCAGGGUGGUAUCGGAGACGCUAAGGCUGGGGAUGAAGGAUGUAAGGUGGUUUGUCAUGGGGGAUGAUGAUACGGUGUUCAUUGUUGAGAAUGUGGUGAGGGUGCUGUCCAAGUAUGAUCACCGACAGUUCUAUUAUGUGGGGAGCUCAUCGGAAAGUCACAUUCAGAACAUAUUCUUUUCCUAUUCUAUGGCAUAUGGAGGAGGUGGCUUUGCCAUUAGCUAUCCCUUGGCGAAGGAGCUGGCCAAGAUGCAGGACCGGUGCAUUAAUCGAUACCCAGCAUUGUACGGUAGUGAUGACAGAAUGCAUGCUUGUAUGGCUGAGCUUGGUGUGCCUCUCACCAAAGAACUUGGCUUCCAUCAGUAUGAUGUGUAUGGAAACCUGUUGGGGCUUCUAACAUCACAUCCAGUGACUCCAUUAGUAUCACUCCACCAUCUAGACGUGGUGCAGCCAAUAUUUCCUGGCAUGACCCAAGUGAAGGCCCUGCAGCGUCUGCUUGAUUCGGCCAAAUUUGACUCAGCAAGCCUAUUGCAACAGUCCAUCUGCUAUGAUGCCGAACGUUUCUGGUCCAUCACUGUGUCUUGGGGCUACGCUGUUCAACUCAUGAGAGGGGUGAUGUCUCCCAGGGAGCUAGAGAUGCCCACAAGAACUUUUCUUAACUGGUACCAGAGAGCUGACUAUACCGCUUAUGCCUUCAAUACUAGGCCUCUGAUGAGGCAUCCAUGCCAAAAGCCCUUUGUUUUCUAUGUCUCUAAGAUCAGAUAUGACCCUGUUAGGAACCAAACAAUUGGGAUCUACUACCGUGACAAGGCAGCCAGCCCUUACUGCCGAUGGAGAAUGGAUUCACCAGAGAAACUCGAGUCUGUUGUAGUCUUCAAGACAACAGAUAAUCUUCGUUGGCAGAAGUCACCAAGGAGGGAUUGUUGUAGAGUUCUACCAUCCAAGAAAACUUCAUCAAUGUAUCUAUGGGUGGGGAAUUGUCAGGAGGGUGAAAUUAGUGAACUAGUUCAGGAACAGACACUAUAAACGAUACUAUUCUGAGUUCUAUAACUCAUUCUUGACCAUGGCCACAGGCAUAAGUUAAUGCUAAUGGUGUUAAUGAAACAGAGAUCAAAUGAAAUUUUGAUAACUGU